UGGGUAAAUCAGUUUUCAUCUGUCUCCUCCUAUGCCCACUCUCCACGCUCUGCGUUCGGCGGGAGCAGCCGUCGAGCGAUGUGCUGGCCUACACAAAGUCGGGCGUUCUACGCGGCAGCACGCAGAUGGUCAUGGGAAAACCCGUAGACACCUACUUCGGCGUACCAUUCGCACAGCCGCCCGUAGGUGACCUGCGCUUCAAGAAACCCGUCCCGGUCAAACCGUGGGGCGGAAUUCGAAACGCGACCCGGCUUCCACCACCGUGCGCGCAGAUAGAUCUCGAGCUUCCCAUGACCUGGACCAAGAGCAAACAGCCAGGGUCCGAGGAUUGUCUGUACCUGAAUGUGUGGGCGCCGCCAUGCUCGCAGGAGGACUGCAACUGCUCGCUCAAGAACAUCCUCGUCAACGUGUACGGAGGGGGCUACAGCGUGGGCUCGAGCGACUGGGACAUCUACGACGGCGCUGCUCUGGCGUCGAUCGGAGACGUCGUGUACGCCAAUAUGAACUACCGAGUCGGUGCUUUCGGCUUCCUCAACGGCAAGGUUCCCGAAGCUCCUGGAAACCAGGGGCUUUUCGACACCCUUCUGGCCGUAAAGUGGAUCAAGGAAAAUGCCGUGGCGUUUGGUGGUAACCCUGACAAGAUCACGCUGUUCGGCGAAAGUGCCGGAGCGGUUACCGUUGGCUACUUCCUGGUCUCUCCCCUGGCCAGGGGCAUCGUCAAUCGGGUCAUCAUGCAGAGCGGCAGUCCGUACUGGAGAAUCGGCGACAACACUGACAGCGGACCUCAAAAGCUUCUCAACAUGGCGAAGAAAGUCGGCUGCGCUGACGCCGACGUGGACUUCCAGCGAGAUCACGAGAGCGUUAUGCAUUGCAUGCGAACAAAAGUUUCCGUAGAGGCGAUCCUCGAAGCCGGUCGUCAGAUGUACGGCAAGAAGCACUCGAGCGCUUUCUUCCCGAGCUACGGUGACGAGUUCCUACCCGAAGACCCCGUGAAGAGCUUCGAAAGCGGCAACUUCGAUCUUAACACACCCGUGCUGUUGGGCACCAACCAAGACGAAGGUUCUGUAUUCCUGACCACGAUCCUUCCCGAGAUCUUCCCCCAUGAUGGCGUCGUCGAGUUGUCGAAGGACGAAGCCGGAUUCUACCUCAUCUUGAUGUUUCAGUAUCUCAUGGGCAAGACGACCACUGAAGUGAGAGACUUCUACUUCAAACACAUGCACAAUCCCAACACCUCCGCCGUACUCACGGCAGCGUCGGACGCUGUGGGUGACUACGCUUUCACGUGCCCCGUGAACUACUUCGCCAAGGCCGUGUCUCGCAGAGGUGGUGAUGUCUAUUACUACUAUUAUACGCACCGUUCAGCCCGCACCAACAGGUCAGAGUGGAUGGGAGUGGCCCACUUCGAGGAGUUUCCGUUUGUCACCGGCCUGCCAUUUUGGUGCGAUCUCCACUACCCCGAGGAAGAGAUACGUUUCAGCCGGCAAGUGAUGAACAUCUGGGUAACAUUCGCCAAAAACGGGAGUCCUCCCAGAGUGAAUGGUACUGAGUGGCCAAAGUACUCGGAAGAGGCUCCGUACUACAUGGAACUCAACCCGAAGCACUUCCACGUGGGCCGCGGUGGAGCCCUCUUCCAGGGCCCCACUGGCUGCUGCGGCUCACCGGGCCUGGUCGAGGGUCUGAGACGAAGCGUAUGUUUUUUUUUUUCUUGCGCAGGAAAUAUGAGCGCCACACGGCUCGCCAUUUUCCUAACCACGGCCGCCGCCGCAGUGGCCUUCGCCUCUGGCGCGAAGAUAUACCGACCCGCCGUGUACACGACCUCGGGCAAGUUGGUCGGGCUCAAGAAAGAAGCGUUCGGUCGGCCCAUAGACGUGUUCUACGGAAUACCGUACGCACAACCGCCGCUGAAUGAACUCAGGUUCCAGAAGCCCGUGCCAGUGACGCCCUGGAAGGGCCUGCGCGACGCGUCGACGCCGCCGUUCCCGUGCAAGCAGGCGGACUUCUUCGUGCACCAAAACUACACGAUACAGACGCGCAACUCCACGGAGGACUGUCUCUACCUGAACGUGUGGACGCCCGCGAGAUACUGCCGCGACAUCAAGACGUGCGGCCCCAAGGCCGUCAUGGUUUUCAUCCACGGAGGGGCAUUCACGUACGGGAGCAGCAGCUGGUCCUUCUACGACGGCAUCCACUUCGCUUCGACUGGAGAUGUGGUUGUCGUCACGCUGAACUACCGGGUCGGGCCUUUCGGCUUCUUCAGCUCGCGACUCGAUGGUCUGAACGGCAACCAGGGCAUGUACGAUCAGAUCCUCGCGCUCACGUGGGUCAAGUCCAACAUCAAGCAUUUCGGUGGCGACCCAGAGCUCAUCACCGUGUUCGGGCAGAGUGCGGGAGCCAUCUCCGUGGGGUACCUGCUUGUGUCGCCACUCAGUCGUGGACUGUUCCGGCGGGCCAUCAUGGAGAGCGGAAGUCCCUUCUGGAUGUUCCACGACAAUAGAGACAUUGCGCUCCAAAAGAGCUUCUCGCUGGCCAACGUGCUCGGCUGCACGACGGGCUUCGACAAGGUUAUCGACGACCCCCAGGUGAUGGCCUGUCUGCGCUCGAAAGAUGCCGGCGAGAUCGUGAGCGUGGCCACGGAGGUGCUGGGGCCCCAGGCCGAGACGUUCUUCCCGAGUCGCGACGGCGAGCUCUUUCCGGACGACGCCAAUGUCCUGAUGGACGCCAUGAAGAGUUCCGGAGUGGAACUGCUCAUCGGGAACAACAAGAACGAAGGCACCUACUUCGUUUACAACUUCCUCGCCAAGGGACUCAAGUUCCACAAUCUGGCGCACAUCACUAAAGAUGAGCUCGGCUUCUACAUGGUGCUUUUCUUCCGGACUAUGCUGCAGUCAGGCGUGAACGAAAUCCGCGAGUUCUACCUGGACAAGCUGAACAGCACCGAUCCCGAAGUGAUUUUGCAGCGCGGAUCGGACGCCGUGGGUGACUUCCUUAUCACGUGUCCCAGCCGCUACUUCGCGGAAAAGUACCAGCGCAAGGGUCAGCCGGUGUACUACUACCAGUUCUCGCACAAGCCCAGCUUUAGCAUGUGGCCGCCGUGGAUGGGCGCGACGCACUUCGACGAGUUCCCGUUUGUAUUCGCCCAUGUGAUGGCCUUCCCAGAGCUGGUGACGUCCGAGGAGGUCGCGCUCAGCAGGCAGCUGGUCGAGAUCUGGACGACGUUUGCCAAAAUCGGGCGCAUGCCAACGCUGGGGAAGAUCGCGUGGCCCCGGUACUCGGCGGCGGGACCCUACAUGGUGGACAUCAACCUCAAGGUCCUCACAAUCAAGAAAGGACCGCAGGAAGAGAACUGCAACUUCUGGAGGCGCUACUUCAAGUUAGAUGGCUGAGGGCGCGACCCACUGUUCAAAUCUGCCCAAGUGCCAAAACAGGAGGCACGAGAGAAUGUGCCUCAGUUUGAUUGGCUGCCUAUAGAUCAGCCUAUAGCUUCCGGUACUGCCGAGCCUCUGCAUCGAUGUAAAGCUUCAAAGACGCUGAUCACAUUGACGUUACCGUCGAAGAUCCUCGGAACAUGACUUCUUCUCCGAGAGCGACGUGUUACAAGAACUCAGUGAACUAUAGUUCUUGUUUGUGUUGCCAUUUUCAUCAUUUUGUAAUGUUUGGCUAUCGUCAGUCAUACAACAUCUAACCCAGAUGCUCGUUCCACUUCGUUUCGUGUUCCAACUGGAGACGUAAACCAUUGUACAACAGCGGUGAACCGAAAGAGCUUUUGCUUUUUCCUAUCGUAUUUCGUCCCACUCGCAUUGCAUCGGAAAGCUCAGUGCAACUUGAGAUGCAAGAGCAGGAGGAGGAGGAAAGAAAGGGAGAAGGCAGGAACGUUAACCAGGCGUCUCGUUGCGACCCUAAGUUGGAUGCAACAACGACAUAGUGUUAUACGUCUUUCCUUGUGGAAAAUUCUGUGGCCAUCACUAUUUUGUUUCCUUGCCAGGCCAAAGUUCUUCCGGUUGAUACCCUUCUGCCUGAAUUAAUUCUGACACGUAAAAGCGAUAGGUGGGUAUCUUUUGUAGCACAUAAACGGCGCGUAUCGACAUAACAAGUUCAAAGAAAUAAGUUCUGUUUUCACGCAGUAUUGAACCUUUCUGUAGUUUUUGCAGAAUACUGUUACAAACAUGAGAAACGCUUGUGAAAAGUUGCACUGCAGUGGUGAUUAAUUAGGCUACAGUAGUACCAAUGAAAUGUCACGUUCUUCUGCUAACGUACACGUCUAAGACAGUUAAGUAAGUAUGCAUUAUUUCAACCUGCAGAGGAUAAAAAACACUGCUAUUUUUUUGUUCUUUCUUUCUCAACGUAACUCCUUUCUGCUAAGAAUGGCAGCGUGUGUCGUUGUUCUCCGUAAGGUAUGCUAAAGAUGUGUCAGCAAAUCAGCCUUACCACAAAGCACUCAUUGUUUAUGUUUCAUCUUUAGCCGUUGUCUUGGACGUGUUUGAAAAUACGCGUUUCGUAAAGCACACUUUCCUUCUGAAGGGCAGAUUUCAAAAAGAGACUCGCAGUAAUCACUACCCAGACGAUUGCGGAGCACAUCUCCUUAAUUUCCUGGGCAUUUGGCUACCGUAAGGAAUCUUAUAACUGUUCCAAGGACAGAAAAUGGUUGCCAAUCUGCAGUGUUCCGAAUACGUGACUCCACAAAUGUACAGUGACUUUGUAUGUUGUACUGUCGUGGUGUGGUUUUAUUUGCUGACGUUUGCAUAGGAGCACAUGUUAAGCGUUUUAGUUUCAUUAUGUCUUUCUUAACAUUGCGUGUGCGUGCAAUAGGCGCUAUAUUUUUUCAAUGGUCUCACCAGUGCCACUUAAAAACCCAAGUUAUGGUCUUACACCAUGCCUUAAUGUUGAUUGUUUCUGAACCAUGUUAUCUGUUCUUUAUUUACUAACGGUAUUGCCACCAUGCUAUAGUUAACGUUUCCUGUUCUACGAGUCGUGAUGAGAAUGCCACGUUCCACUAUUAGCGGCGCUCUUGGUGCACAAGAACGAUGCCACACGAUUACCGCAGUGCGUGACAUCUUCUUUUUUUUCUGUUUUAUUUACGCAGCUGCCGUUCUGGGCUCAUAUUCACGAAACUUCUCUUAAUUAGAUGCCGUCUACGAUUGGCCGUAACCGUGGUGGUCAUCCUUGUAACACGCCGAUUGAUACCUUGAGAGUCAGGCUCCCGAGCGCUGGCUAAAGAGGAAAGGCUCUUGCGUAAGAGAUGUCUUGUGAAUACGGGCUCUGCAUCCCUAGUCGUAAGUGGCGCGAAAAGCGUACCAGUGUUACCAGCGUUACGUGGGUAUGAUGCUCGUCGUCUUUGUUGUAUAGUUAUUUGAAUCUUUUAUUGACUGCCGGAUGCAGUACCCCUCGAAUAAAACACUGAACCUUGUUAUAUCCAUAUCACAUCCUGAA